GCCUCGGUGCUGCCCGGCCCCUCCUGAACCCCCCCCAGAACGGGCUCGGUCCCUUCAUAACCUUCUCUGCUUCCUCACCUCCAAGGAGCAGUUCCACGCCUACCUGCGGGCAGGGGGCGAGGAGGAGGAGGAGGAGGAAAAGGAGGAGAAGGAGGAAGAGGAGCAGGUCAGCAGUGCCCAGAGUGAACCCCCAGCCAAGAGGGUGAAGACAGAGCUCAGCCAGGAUGGGGAAAGCCAAGGGAAUGCUGGAGAGGAGGAGAAGGAGCGGCCGGAGAAGAAGAGAGCCCGAGGGCAGAACAAGAGCCGCCCGUGCAUGAAACCAAACAGCUACGAGCAGAGCAGGCUGUGCCCCUCGGUGACACAGGGCUGUGGCGGGCGGUGCCACUUCGGGCCGCGCUGUCGCUUCCUCCACGACGUGUCCCAGUACCUGGCGGCCAAACCAGCGGACCUGGGCCAGCGCUGCGUCCUCUUCGACACCUUUGGCCGCUGUCCCUACGGUGUCACCUGUCGUUUUGGCCAGUGCCACCUCGGUGAUGGCCACCAGAACCUGGUGAACGCCGCCCUGGCUCAGCAGUGGGAAGGGAAGCUGCUGGUGAGGAACAGCCUCUCCAAGGAGCUCCAGCAGCAGCUGCGCAAGAGGAAGUUCAGCUUCCACAAGGCGGAGGAGUUUCUGCGUGGGCUGCGUGCUGGGAAGGGAGGCAAAGCCACGGGGGGCUCCACGGAGGUGUCCAACUGCACUGCACCCCAGGAGGGCCUGGGGGAACUGCAGGAGCAGGGAGAAGAUCACAAACCUGAGGCUCUGUCAAAUUCUCGAGGGGAUGAGGGUGAUCCCAAACCUGAAACCCUGAAGAGCUCCCGAGGGGAUGAAGGUGAUCCCAAACCUGAUGCCCUGCAGAGCUCUCAGGGGGCUCAGAAUGAUCCCAAACCUGAUGCCCUGCAGAGCUCCCAAAGGGCUGAGGGUGAUCCCAAAACUGAAGCCCUACAGAGCUCUCAUGAUCCCAAAUCUGAUGCCCUGCAGGGCUCCCAAGGAGCUGAGGAUGAUCCCAAAACUGAGGCCCUGCAGAGCUCACAAGGAGCUGAGGGUGAUCCCAAAUCUGAAGCCCUGCAGAAUUCCCAAAGGGCUCAGGAUGAUCCCAAACCUGAAGCCCUGCAGAGCUCCCAAAGGGCUCAAAAUGAUCCCAAACCUGAAGCCCUGCAGAAUUCCCAAAGGGCUCAGAAUGAUCCCAAACCUGAGGCCCUGCAGAGCUCCCAAAGGGCUCAGAAUGAUCCCAAACCUGAAGCCCUACAGAGCUCCCAAGGGGCUGAGGGUGCUCCCUCCAUCCCAACCCUGGGCCCGCUGACAGAUGAAGACAUCACGAAGCUGCGGCCGUGUGAGAAGAAGAAGCUGGAAAUCCAAGGCAAGCUCUACCUGGCUCCUCUGACCACGUGUGGAAACCUCCCUUUCCGAAGGAUCUGCAAACGUUUUGGAGCAGAUGUGACCUGUGGGGAGAUGGCUGUGUGCACCAACCUGCUGCAGGGCCAGUCCUCCGAGUGGGCUCUGCUCAAACGCCACCACACCGAGGACAUCUUCGGGGUGCAGCUGGAGGGAGCCUUCCCAGACACCAUGACCAAGUGUGCAGAGCUCCUGAACAGGACAAUCAACGUGGAUUUUGUUGACAUCAACGUUGGGUGUCCCAUUGACCUGGUCUACAAGAAGGGAGGAGGCUGUGCUCUCAUGACUCGCUCCAACAAAUUCGAGCAGAUCGUCCGCGGGAUGAACUCGGUGCUGGAUGUCCCACUGACGGUGAAGAUCCGCACUGGGGUGCAGGAGAAGGUGAACGUGGCUCACAAAAUCAUCCCCAGGAUCCGGGAGUGGGGAGCGUCCAUGGUCACGCUGCACGGGAGGUCCCGGGAGCAGAGGUACACGCGGAGUGCAGACUGGGAUUACAUCGCCGAGUGCGCGCGCCUCGCCAGCCCCAUGCCUCUCUUCGGAAACGGGGAUAUUUUGUCCUAUGAAGAUGCAAAUCGAGCCAUGCAGAUGGGAGUUUCUGGAAUCAUGAUUGCAAGAGGGGCACUCAUCAAACCCUGGCUUUUCACGGAAAUCAAGGAGCAGAGACACUGGGAUAUCUCCUCCAGUGAGAGAUUUGACAUCCUCAAGGACUUCACCAACUAUGGCCUCGAGCAUUGGGGCUCAGACACUCAGGGAGUGGAGAAAACCAGGAAAUUCCUGCUGGAAUGGCUCUCCUUCCUGUGCAGGUACAUCCCAGUUGGAUUGUUGGAACAUCUACCUCAGAAAAUCAACGAGCGGCCGCCCUAUUACCUGGGCAGGGACUACCUGGAGACCCUCAUGGCCAGCCAGAACGUGGAUGAUUGGAUCAAAAUAAGUGAGCUGCUUCUGGGCCCUGUCCCGCCCAGCUUCACCUUCCUGCCAAAGCACAAGGCCAAUUCCUACAGAUAGGGCUGGCCAGGCCCUGUCCUGCAGUGUCGGGAGUCGUUUGGAUGGGCUGGGGCAGGAGCAGGGCUGUGCUGCUAGCUGCAAUAAAGCUGAUGUUUUUUAGAA